AAGAUGGCGGGUGACUCUUCAAUGGAGCUACUGUUUUUGGAUACGUUUAAACAUCAAAGUGCAGAGCUCACAAACGUCGAUGUGGUUCGCUUCCCAUACGGAGUUCUGAUCACAGAAGUUCGAGUCAUUCCACCUGGUAUCAAAGCCCACAGCAGUCUCCCGGACAGCAGGGCGUUUGGGGAGACAUCGCCUCAUGCCUUCCAGCUAGACCUGUUCUUCAAUAAUGUGGCCAAGCCCAGCGCUCCUGUUUUUGACAGACUGGGCAGUCUGGAAUAUGAUGAAAACAAAUCCAUAGUUUUCAGACCCAAUGGAAAGGUGAACACAGAUGGCCUGGUGCUUCGAGGAUGGUACACCAGUCUGACCUUGGCUGUGUACGGCACGGCAGAGCGCUCCCAUGGGCUUGACCGCGACUCCCCACCUCCGCCCCCUCCGCCGCCCCCUCAGCAACAGACUGGCCUAAAGAGGAAUGUCAAGCAUGAUUGGGACAAAGAGGAGCAGUACAAUGGCAGCCCCCCUCGACCGCAGCCCAGGGGUCCAAGAACCCCUCCAGGUCCUCCCCCUCCUGAUGAUGAUGAAGAGGAGACUGUCCCCCUUGCAGUGAGCGUAGAGAAAGAGGAGGCUGCAGAGGGCCGGGAUGACUACCUGGAGCCCAUCUCGCCUGAACGCAGCUCCUUGCCCCUGGAUGAGCCCUACUCUGACGACCCCGAGGGGGAAGAGGAGGGAGACGACGAAGAGGAAGAGGACGAAGGGGCCGGGCCGGACGAGGAGGAGCAGGAGGAGGCUGACGAGGAGGAAGUGCGCACUGAAGGCAGUGCAGCGGAGGGAGAGGAAGAUGAGGAUGAAGAUGAGGAUGAAGGUGAGGGUGAUGAAGACCAGGAAGAAGAGGAGGGAGAAGGGGAUGACGGCUACGAGCAGAUUUCCAGCGAUGAGGAAGACUUGGAGAAUGGAAGCUUCAAACUCCCCAACUUUGACAUUGACUAUACAGCAGAGGACCUGGCAGCAGUGCCCACAGUGCAGUACGACCCCUAUGAGCGGGAGUUGCGGCCCCUGCAGCACUUUAGCCCCCCAUAUAGGACCAGGUUUGAGAUGGAGGUGUGCAAGCUGAAGGCUGCUGGCUCCCUGGACGAUGGUGCAACCGAGUCAGCGGCCAAGCUAACAGAGCUUCUAGAGGCUUACCGGGAGGAUCGUGGGGCACGUUGGGUGACGGCUCUCGAGGAGGUCCCUGGGUUGCUCGUGAAGGGACUGAGCUACCUGCACGUAAAGGACCCUGAGGAUGAUAGCCACCUACGGCAACUCACACACUGGGCAACGGAGGCACUGUGCUUGGAGAUGGCACUGUCACAGCCCAUUGCACUCAACGUCCGGCAGCUAAAAGCAGGCGCCAAGCUGGUAUCUGCACUGUCUGAGUGUGGCUCCCGCAUUGUGACCAUCCUCUUGGAGGGUGGCACCAUCAACCUUCUAUUGGGGCUCCUCUUUGCUGAGCACGUGUCCUCCUCCCUAAAACUGAAUGCCUUGCGGUCCCUGGACAGCCUCAUCAGCAUGCCUGAGUGUAUGGAGGCCUUCCAGGGAGGGCCGCCAGAGGGCAGGGAGAAGAAUGGCUACCAGCGGCUGGUUGAGCUCAUCUUGCUGGACCAAACAGUGCGUGUAGUGACGGCCGGCACAGCAAUUGCCCAGAAAGCCCACUUCUAUGAGGUCCUCUCAGACCUGCAGAGGAUAGCCAGCUUGUGGGCAGAUAAGCUGCCGCUGACAGCAGCCGCCUCCAGAGAAGGUGAUACGGAAGCAGACGCAGGACAGGAGAAGGCAGGGAAGGAAGAAGAAGUAGAACCCGAGAGCCCCAUGGACAUGGACCACCUGCUGGAGUCGUCCAGUGUCAAUGAGGGGGACCUAGAGAGGGUCAUCGGUCUGCUGGAUGAGCUCCUACACCUGCUGGAGACUGCACCACACACCAUGAUCCAACCCCCGAUCAAGUCCUUUCCCACUACGGCCCGCAUCACGGGUCCCCUGGAGCGAGAUGACCCCUACCCUGUCCUUUUCAGGUACAUGCAUACACGCCAUUUUUUGGAGUCCCUAACGGUGGUGCUCUCCAACCCUGCGGCUAGCAUUCAUCCUGGUAUCUCCCAGGCGGCCAGGGACCUCCUACGCUUCUUGGCCCAGAGCCAGCAAGGUCUCCUUUUCCUUGCGGCGGAACAUGAGGCCACCAGCCUCUUGAUGCGAGUGCUGGCCCAGGCUUCGGAGGCAGAGCCAGAAGAUGGUGUACCCGGGGAGGCCACAGGAGGCGGGGCUGGAGAGGACGGCACAGCACUUUGGCUGAUGCAGGUGCUGCACGCCUUGCAGGGCGUGGCAGAGCUGUUGGCACACUGCAGCACCGAGGGUGGUCUGGAGGAGGGUGACAACGCUGAUGUGCUUGGGACCCUCCAUGCUCUCUAUCUGAUCACCUUUAGUACCACAGGCCGAGCUGCUGUUGCCCACGUCUUCAGUUUGGAGAACAACUUCUCCUGCCUGGUCACCCUCAUGGAGCACUACUCCAAGGAGAGCCUGGGGGAGGCGAAGGCCAGGAAGUCGGUCACAUACACGUAUGCCUGCAUGCUGGUGCUGCAGGUGGUGCAGUCAUCCAGUGACUUGCGCAUGAUGGAGCAGUAUGCCUUGCCGCUGCUUGCUGUCUGCAAGGCGGAUGAGAACAACACCAAGCUGCAAGAGCUCAGCAAGUGGCUGGAACCUCUGGAGAAGCUACGCUUUGAGAUCAGCUCCAUCCCAUCUCUGAUUGAGUACAUCAAACAGAAUCUGGAGCAUCUGCUGACUCAGGAAGGGGCUGGUCUCGUGACUGCCCUCCGUGUCCUCUGUCAUAUCGCCUGCCCACCCCAUGCCAUCGAGGGUCAGCAGAAGGACCUGAAAUGGAAUUUGGCUGUCAUCCAGUUGUUCUCUGCUGAGGGAAUGGACACGUUCAUCAGGGUGCUGCAAAAGCUCACGUCCCUCCUGCUGCAACCUUGGCGUCUCCAUGGCAAUGUGGCACCCACACCGCAACGCUCGGCGGCGCUGUCAGUCACCUGCAGCACGCUGCGCCUGCUCCGUUGCAUGCUCACGGAGCUACUGCGCGGCGGCUCCUUCGAGUUCCGAGACACUCGCGUGCCCGCUGCCCUGGUGGCCCUGCACAUGAUCAUGUGUUCCACGCCAGCCUCGGGCCGCUUGGACGCUGAAGAGCAGUGUGUCCAGGCACACAUCGUGGCCAUCCUACUCACGUUCACGCAGGGGGUCGGCGAGCAAGCCACGCACACGGAGGAGACGCUGACCAACAACACAUGGUCUCUCAUGCUUAAGGAGGUGCUCGCCUCCGUGCUCAAGGCUCCUGAAGGAUUCUUCUCUGGCCUGGUGUUGCUAUCAGAGCUGCUGCCUCUGCCGUUGCCCCUGCAAACCACACAGGCGAUCUCGGCGCAAGACGUGGCAGUGGCUCUGAACACACGCAAGUUGUGGAGCAUGCACCUGCAGGGCCAGGCGCGUGCACUGCAGGAGGUCUUGCGCUCAGUGUGCGGCACCAGCUGUCAGCCACUGUUAGCAGUGCUGCGGCGCGUCUGCGUGCAACUGAGCGACCUGGCCCCUCCCACCGCCCUGCUCGUCACGAGGACCCUGCUGGAGCUGCUGCUGGAGGACUUGCAGCCACCAGUGGAAGGGAAGGAGCGGACCUGUACAGGACAGACAACCCGGCUGCUGGCUCUGCUGGAUUCCCUGGCAUCGCAUCGGGCCUGCAAGGCAGCAGCUCUGCAUCUUCUGGGUGGGGCCAGCCGGGCCGAUGAGCGUCUGGCAGAACUCUUCCCUUGCCUGGUGUCUCUGCUGACGCCCCCCACAGAUGGGAGCCCGCACCAGCAGCACUGCAGCGAGCUGGUGGCCUCUUUCUUCCAGUCCCUGUGUGACCAGGACAUUGCUCUGAUUGUGAGCACCAGCUCAGACACCCCACCUUCGGAGGCAGAGCAGUUGGCCAAUGCACUGCCCUCGCGGGAGAUGCUGUCGACACUGUGUGACGCCAUGUUGGAGACUCUGGGUAACCAAGACAGCAGCUACACCCUCGUGCUCACCUGCAUCCGCACCAUGACGUUCCUCGCCGAGCACGACUACGGCCUCUUCCACCUCAAGAGCUCUCUGAAGAAGCACGGGCCGGCGGUAAGCGCUCUGCUCCGGAGAGUCAUCUUCGCCUUCAACAAAGAGUCCGCUGAGAUGGCGUCGGCACUGCUGGAUUUCCUGCGGCAGAUCCUUAACACCGACUCUCUGAGCUGCUGUGGUGAUGAGGGCUCUGCACCCAUGGAUACAGAUGGCAGUACUCCCCCACGCUCGCUGGCCCUCAGCGCCGCUGACAUGAAGCAACUGCUGCAAUGGAAGGACGACUCAACAGAACAUCUGUUGCCCGAGCUAGAGAAGCAGAUCACGGAGUUCAGCAAGGAGGAUGACACCAUGGACUCACUGCUGGAAAAUGUGGUGGGACUGAGACAGAUGCUGGAGAACACAGGGGAUGCUUCUUCCACCCUGGAGCAGGAGGCAGAGCCCACCCUUCCCAUGCCAGAUAGUCUGCAGGCGCAGUUUAACAACAGGACAGUUUAUGUCCUCUCGGACGUGUUUGACGACCAGCUCAAGGCCCUAUGGUUCUCCCCCUUCCAGUCAGAGGACAUGGACACGGAACUUGACAUGGUGAAAGUAGACCUGCUGGGGCUGGCAGAAGAGUGCUGCCCUGAACUGGACCUGAAGGCAGAGCUGGAGCGCUCAUUCCUGACGGAACCCGCCUCCCCCGGACACACAAAGGCCCCCAAGGGCUUCAAGCUGGGCAAGCACAAGCACGAGACCUUCAUCACCUCCAGCGGGAAGACUGAGUAUGUGGAGCCAGCCAAGCGAGCCCACAUCAUGGCGCUGCCGAGGGGCCGAGGGCGGGGGGCUUUCGGUCAGCUCUGUCGGCCGCACGACAUCUUCCGGCAGCGCAAGCAGAACACGAGCCGCCCGCCCUCCAUGCACGUGGAUGACUUUGUAGCGGCCGAGUUCAAGGACAUCGGGCCGCCGGUUGGGCUGCUGCAGGCCAAGCGCGUCCCGAAGGGCUCACCCAAGGUGCCCACCCGUGGCCUCUUCGCUGGCAACCGAGGCGGUGGUCGAGGGACCUUCCAUAGCCAGACGCGUUUCUUCACUCCACCGGCACCCAAGGGGGUGCUGCUCUCAGGAAACUACGCCAGACGGGAAGGCGGCCGAGGCUCUAGCUGGAGCGGUCAGGUCACACCCAUCACACACAGGGGGACGUACAGUGAGGCCCGGGGCGGACAGAGCAGUUUCGCCAGGGGACCCAUCUCAUCCAGGCAGCCCCCUGCAGGUGGCUACCGACUGGCCCCCCGGGACCGGGCCCCCCGAGGCCGGGCCACAAGCCUGUCCUGGCUGAGUGGUGGUGGAGGGGCAGCGGGAGGCGGCAGCGGAGGUGGAGGUGGCGGCGGAGGGGGUGGAGGAUCCCGGGGCAAGUUCAGCAGCGGGGGAAGCGGCGGCCGGGGGCGUCACGUGCGCUCUUUCACACGGUGAGCCCACCUGGUGGGACAGACUGUGGGUGGAACCAGCCCACCACUGCGAACAGGUGUCCGGAAACAAUUGGUGGCACUAAUGGACCAAUGACGACUUCACUUUGCCGUCUCGAGCCAACGUCCGACUGCAAGAUUAUGGAUAACAAGCACUGCUUUUUGUUGUGUGUGCGCGCGCGCGUUUUCUCUUGUGUAGAAAUUUCAAUAAAAUGUA